GAUGUUGAAGAAGAUUCCUCAAUUAUUUAAUGUAACCCAACUGUACAAGACAGACACGAAGGGGGGGCCUUCACUCUGAACCAAAUACCAUAGUCUUCUCUUUGUCCGUGACAAAACAGUUCCCACAAAAAAAAGAAAAAAGAAAAAAGAAAAGCACUAAAAAAAAAAUGAAGAAGGGUUUCUCCCUUGUGCUGCUGAUUCUUCUGAUCCAGUACAACAACGUUGUCAACGCCAACAACAACAAAAACUGUGUCACAGAGGAUUGCCUCAUCGGCAACAAGGAUUUGGAAUCAGAGUUCUACUUUGGAUCCCAUGUGGCCAGAAUGCUCUACGAUGUGAGCCAAUCUGUGAGUGGCAAAACAGGCAAUAAAAAUAACAAAGCUGUUAAUUGUCCAAAUAAGCAAGGCUACCGAAGCUGCUUGCCUUCCAAAAACGGUGGUGGCCCUAAGCAAAGUUGUGGCGAUUACACCAGGGUUUGCUAAGAACUCGUUCCAACCCUUGUGAUUUCAUUUCUGAUUUUUAAGAUUGUGAUAUGAUGGAAUCUUAUUUAUGUCAAUUUGUUUAGUUUAAUUUCCAUAUGUUAUUGUUUUUUUUAAUAUUAAGUCAGGUACCAGAAAAUUUGCAUCAAUUCACACUCAUGAGUCACCUGAACAAGAACUAGACCUGGUUUUAUUGUUUGUAUCACUGUAUGUAAUAUUUAAUGUUUUCGGUUCAUACUUUUGUUGCGGUUGUAUUGUUGUUGUGUAUCAUCUGUGCCAUUAGUUUAUUUGAUGUUGAUAAGAAUAAUUCCAUGUGAGAUGGGAAAUAAUAAUAUAUUAUUGCCUGCAGAGAUUUCUGGA